AUGUGUAGAAUGUUCGGUGUUCUAUCCUUAGCUUACGUGGCUAUUUUUAUUACGGUUGUGCAAUGUAACGAAGAUGUAUCGUCACGGGGAGUUAUCGAUUAUUUGAGCAAAGACAAUGACGUCGGCCGUACGUUUGGUCGGUUUGCUCUGAAGCGGUUGUCGUUCAUCUUCCUGCCGGUGAUGUUCACACUCGGCGUUAUUUCAACCCUGCUGCUGGCGCUCGCCGUUAUCUCCGUGAAGAAUCUUGCCAUUGGAGUGAUCCUUCUUAUCGUUGGCAUCAGUCAGGCGGCGGCUAGAUUGUUCUUUGCGGCGACUUCGUCUGGGUCAUCACCUUUGUUGCAUCUGCACCCUAGAACUGAAUUUCUGCCAGCACCCGCACCUUGGCCAGCUUCUGGUCCGCUUCUUUCUCCCUGGGCACGAUCGGACAACGACGCAACAAUAUCCGACUAA